CUGGCGUCCGCCAUGUGGCGAGACCGCACGAACCUCUACAUUUCCUAUCGGCAGUCGUACGCACAUCAUCCGACCAAGCGGACAAAGUACAGCGGUGCAGCCGGUGGGAACAGCUUCGGCGAUGCCUUCCCUGGAAGCAGCAGCUAUGCCAGUGGGAGCGACGACACUCGCGGCCUCCUCUCGGCAGGUGCUUUCGAGGACGAUGGCGACGCCGUCAUAGAGAUGGACCUCCUGCCCCCGCGAUGGGCCGACAUAUCCGACGAGAUUACCGACCUACUUGCCGACAUAGCCACUAAGAGCCAGGCACUCGAACGGUUACACCAGAAGCACGUGCUACCCGGCUUCAACGAUGAGGACGUGAAGAAGGCCGAAGAGAGGGAGAUUGAGACGCUGACGCAGCAGAUCACUAAGGGCUUCCAUGACUGCCACCGAUGCAUCCAGAAGGUCGAGCAGAUGGUGAGGGAGUCCAAGCACUCGGGGACCAUUACCAACGCCGAGGAGACAAUGGCGAAGAAUAUUCAAAUAUCACUGGCCUCACGGGUGCAGGAGGCUAGUGCGCUCUUCAGAAAGAAGCAAAGCGCAUAUUUGAAGAAACUCCGCGGAAUGAGCGGCCUUGGCGGCGGCGUAGCCACCGCAGAUAGGGGUUCAACACCGCAGCCCUCAAGCUCAUACAUGGACCCUUCGAUGCUGGAAUCCGACGCCGACAGGUCCUUUUCCCAGUCGACCAUUCAAGCAACACAACAGAAACUCCUCCAGUCCAAUGACGCAGCCAUCAUCCAGCGCGAGCGUGAGAUCGAAGAUAUUGCGCAGGGCAUCAUUGAGCUGGCCGACAUCUUCCGCGACCUACAGAACAUGGUCAUUGAUCAAGGUACCAUGUUGGACAGGAUAGACUACAACGUCGAGCGCAUGGCCACCGAUGUCAAGGGGGCCGAGAAGGAGCUCGUUGUAGCCGCCGGGUACCAGAAGAAGACGACGAAGCGCAAAAUUAUACUCCUGCUGCUGAUCAUCAUUGCGGGUCUAAUUAUUUUGCUGGUGAUCAAGCCCAAGAAGCAUGGGGACGAGGAAUAG